CUGCAGCACAGUGUCAGCACACAUGAGUAACCUGUAAACACAAGCCUGGAUACCUGUACCUGAGAACACAAACAUGGACACAAAGAUCCAGUCCAGCACCUUGAGGAUUUUUCUUGUUGGAAAAACUGAUGCUGGAAAGAGUUCAACCGGAAACACCAUCUGUGGGAGAAGGGCCUUCACAGUUAAAUCUAUGGACAGAGGUAUCGCAUUUGGCUGCACAAAGGAGAGGAGAAACUUUGAUGGUCAACUCCUAUAUAUUGUAGAUACACCAGGUUUGUUUGACCCGAGCCAAACUAAUGAAAACGUAAAGAAGGAGAUUGCUAACGGUGUAGCAUUAGCUGCUCCUGGCCAUCACGUGUUGUUGGUGGUAAUUAGACCAGGCAAAUUCACAAGCGAAGAACAAGAAACUGUGAACAUUAUUCAGAUGAUGUUUGGAGAGGAGGCAUCACGUUACACCAUGGCCCUGUUCACCCGUGGAGAUGACCUUGAGACAGAUGGAGUUGUCAUAGAAGAAGUUAUUCGUCAAAGUUCACAUCUCAGUACCUUCAUCGGUCAGUGUGGUGGAGGAUACCAUGUGCUCAACAACAGAAGCGAGGAUCCCUCUCAGGUCAGAGAGUUGCUGGAGAAAAUCAACACAAUGGUGCAGAGCAAUGGAGGUAGACACUACACGGAUGAGAUGUUUAGAGCCGCUGCCGAAACCACGCAAAAAGAAAAUAAGGAAGAAACAAGAAAACAGGAGGAAAGCCAAAACCUUCUUCUUCAGAUUGUGCCUUUACCGGUAGCUGUGGGUACUUUCACUGCUGUCGGAUUCGCCGUGGGAAGAAGUACUGCUGUUCAAGCUGUUAUGCGGGCUGUUGCAAUAGCAGGAACUGCCGGAAGAGCAGCUGGGCGAGCAGCUGGAGCUGUUGCUAGCGCUCCUGCUACGAGAGCUGUUAGGAUAGCAACUGAAGGAGCAGUCGCUCUAGCAAGAACUGCUGAAAGACCUGUUGAGGUAGCAGGAUUUGCAGGAGGAGGUCUCAGAGGAGCUGUUCAACGAUUUGGCCAAUCUAUAGCAGGCGUUGUGAGAGGGACGGUUGGCGGAGCUGUGGUGGCAGGACUUGCGGCGGGCCUCACCGUGGCAGGAGUAGGAGUGGUAGUGGCGAAGUUUGCCCGGCGUAAAAAGAAAUGAAAUCGCAGACAGGAUUGAAAUUUAAGCGGUCAGGAAUAAAAUAUGUGGGU